UUCCUGACGACGCUUUUGGCCACGAUGGUCGCAUGCCCCGGUGCCGAUGCGUCCUACUCCGAUACGGACGAUCUAAUCAACGAGCUCGAUCGACCGAUUCCCAUCACGACCGUCAGUGGAGUGCUGGGCAAGCAGGCCAGCCUGCCCUGCGACAUAACGCCGCUCGAGCGGGACGAUGCCGUGUACAUGGUGCUGUGGUUCAAGGAGGACGACAACGAACCGCUCUACAACUUCGACGUGCGCGGCCGCCAGGUGGCCCAGGCUCGGCUUUCCUCCUCCGAGAAGUACUUCGGCAAGCGGGCCUUCUUUCGGGCCACCACCCACCCGGCACAGCUGCUGGUCGACGAGAUUAAGCUGUCGGAUGAGGGCAUGUACCGGUGCCGGGUGGACUUUCGCAACUCGCCCACGAGGAAUCUCAAAAUUAACUUCACCGUCAUAGUGCCACCGGAUCGGCCCAUUAUCUAUGAUUCGCGACGCCGGGAAAAGGCCAACACGGUCGAACCGUACAGCGAGGGUAGCGAUAUCGCGCUGAUAUGCGAGGUGAAAGGAGGACGACCGCGGCCGAACGUUACCUGGUACCUGGACAACAGCGUCAUCGAUGAGUCGUUCGAAACGCGCCCAGACGGGACGACGGUCAAUCAUCUGUCCUACCCAAACAUUGGCCGGCAGCAUCUGGACGCACGGCUCAUGUGUGUCGCGAGUAAUACCAACCUGACACCGCCUAACAACAAGGUGGUUGUGCUGGACGUUAACCUCAAACCAGUGGCCGUACACAUCAUGGCCAAGGAGAAGUUCGUCUCCGCGGACAAGCGGUAUGAGAUCGAAUGCAAGAGCUCUGGGUCACGGCCGGAGGCGGUCAUUUCGUGGUGGAAAGGCACUCGGAUGUUGAAGCGGAUGACGAAGAAUUUUUCCGACAACGGCAACCAAUCGCUCAGCGUUAUAUCGUACACGCCAACGGUGGACGACGAUGGCAAAUAUUUGACUUGCCGGGCCGAGAACCCGCUCAUCCCGGACAGCGCAAUCGAGGACAAGUGGCGACUGGUGGUGCAUUACAUGCCGAUCGUGACGCUCAAGAUGGGUUCAUCCCUUAACCCGGACGACAUCAAGGAGGGCGACGACAUCUACUUCGACUGCCACAUCCAAUCGAACCCGAAACCGUACAAACUGGCCUGGUAUCACAACGAAAUCAAUUUAUCCACCAUCGGAUAGCUACAAAGUAACAUAACGAUUAUUUUCGCUUAACGCCAUGCUAAUGUAUCUUAACGCCCCCGGAACGACUAGCAGAUUCUAUUCGCAACUGCCACCAGCACUGCACAACAACGUAAUCCACGACAUUAAAACCUUCUCAAUCGUUUAGUGGUUGAUACGAUUGCGCUAUAGAUUAUUUAUUCCCAUUUCGCAGACGGAUAUUGCAAAAAAAACCGGAAGAAUUCCCCCCCACUCGCUGGUUUGCUCCUGUUGCAGGACGAGAUAUGCAGGUGAAAGAAAAGGAACCGCACCAGAGGAGCAACGAAAGAAGAUGGGGUCAGUGAAAAAAAAAAUGAAAGAAAGAACGAGGAGAAAAAAAAACAACUACACAACAGCGUGAUGCAACAAGAAGCGAAAGCGAAAGAAGCUG